AUGUUAAGUUCAAAAGACUGUCUGGUUCGCUCAAAGAAUAGUGAACCAUUGUAUAUUCGAUGCACCGCUGUGUUCUCUUCUUUACGUUACAAUCCACCGUUUAUUAAAACGCUAAUCAUAUGCAGUCUAGUCAGCGGUCAACAUCGAGCAAUUGAUCCAAAUGAAGUUGCUAAAGGUCUUGGUCCAUAUGCUCAAUGCGCUCAGGAUACAUUCGAAUUUAGUGUAAGGGCUGCAAAUAUUGUUCAUGCUUGUGAAAAUAUUGCCCGUUUGGUAUCAGAGAUUAAACAAUUAUUAAUAUUAGGCGACUUUUGUUGGUUAGCUCAAACUACUUCUAUGAAUCAGGAGAAGUUACUUCUUCGGAAAUUGGAUUUAGAUCGAGUUAGCAUUCGAUUACGUGAUAAAUUGAUUGCUGAAUUGCAUCAUUUAGAACAAGAGACAAGUCCAGAUUAUCCUAUUUCUUCGUUUUCAUUAAAAGAUACAUAG